AUGCAGCUCAUCCUGUCUCUCGGAAGGCUCUCCUUACUUCUCAUUCUGAUUAGCUGCGUAUGUUUGGCGUUGGCUGAGCCAAAUGACAUCGCGUCCGGAGGGCUCCAAGUUCGCGCUGCGAAGACCAAGGCAAAGACAAAGGUCAAAGCUCCUCCAGUGGUGGCGGCCAAGCCGAAAGUCAAAGCGGCCACUCCCAAAGCCAAAGUGACGACUCCCACGACCAAGGCGACGACUCCCAAAGCUAAAGUGACGACUCCCAAAGCCAAAGCGACGACAGCUAAAACCGCAGUGACAACUCCCAAAGCGAAGCCAACGACGAAGACUCCGCCUAAGACGACUAAACCUCCAGGCAACUCGACAGCAACUACACCAUCAAAGACCGGUGCCGCAACGUCUUGCCCCAUACCGAAGAAAGGAAAACGUGCCUUCUUUGAAACGGACGAGGAGUUGGACGCGUACUACGGCAUCGUCCAGCGGGAUAUCAACAGGGACGUCAAGAUCAAAGGUCGUUCUAUUGAGAAGAGAACAAAUGUUUGUGGGUUCCAUGAGUUGAGGGAUCAGGAUGUGGCCAACGAUGGAUGCCAAGCCGUUCUUCCCAGUGCGUUUGUGAUCGAUGCUGCCACUGGGAACCUUGUUGAGCAACAAGUACAAAACCAGCCAGCGGGUACCGCCUGUGACCAUAUCAUUGAACUUCAACUCGUCGCAGAUGUGAUGCAAAACACCGGUGCCUGCAAAGCCGCUGAACUCAUGCUCAAAGCAGGAGGAUUUAAAUCCCUCCCCGAAGCUGGAGGAAUCUCUCUAACCGCAAAAAUGAAAGCUCUCAUCGACAAACACGUCGUCCCAGCUGUAAACGGUCAACGAAAUGUCGUCUUUCUCGAUUCAGGCGUAAACCAAGCCAAGAACAUCUACGUCCAACAAUUCAAGGGGGUAGCUACUGCUCAACUCCCCCGCGGGGCGACUGUUAACAAUGGUGCGAAAGCGGCACAGAUCCGGAGUUAUCUGACGAAUGCUGCGAUUCGUGUGAGGACGACCACGGGAGCUGCGACUCUUGAUAAUGCUAUUGGGAAUUUCUUGAACGCGGCGAAAGUUGAUGCGACGAAGGAGUUGGAGAAGAGAAAGACCAAGGCUGGGCAGCAGUGUUCGGAGAGGGAGCAGGUGAUACUUGCACAGGAUGCGUCGACGAUUGAAGCGGAACCUGCGAGGAGUAAGCAGGCAAAUUUUCCGUCUAUGCAGGCUCUUUGGGCCAAGAUCUCUGAUGUGUAG